AUAUUUACAAUUAAAAGAAUAAAUCCUAAAUCAGUCCAUAAUAGAUCCAAAAUCAAUCCAUAAUUGAUCCAAAGUUGGCUAUAUUUCGGACAUUCUGUGGACGUACCAAGUUGUGCAUAAUGUACAUCUAAUGGACGUUCAUCGAAUGUCCGACGGACCUUAUUUGGAUUUUUAAAGGAUGUCCCAAUGUCCAAGAAUGGAUAUUCACUGGACAUACAUUAGACAUCCUUGUGCUAUCUGGGGUCUAUGGAUGAAAGGGAUAAAAAUAUUGAAUCUGUGUCAAACAAAGAUUGUAAUGAGAAGAUAAUCAAUGUUACAUCAAAUGCUGAAUGUCACCAUAAACCGACGCUUUUAAAUGCGAAGAAUAAAGGAUAUGACAUAAAAAAGAAAUUCCCGUAAUUAUUGACAACUGUGAUUAUCAAGAGAUUACAGAUCUCCCAGUAAAUUUUGAUAUUGGCACAAUAAUCUUUACAGAUGAAAAUGAGAGCAUUGAAACUGUCAUGCCAAGUAACUUUUUCAUGAAUGAUAAUAUUGAAGCAGCAGAGGCAAAUAUUUCUUUAUCUGAUUCAUUUAAUGGAUCUAUUAGAAUCAAUGAGUGUGUUAGGAGAUUAAGUUUCAAUAUGACUGAAACUGAUGCAAGACGUGUAAGCAUGUUAUCUCCUUGCCGAGAUGAUGUGCCAGAUCCAGAAAUUGUUGCUGCGCCAGUGUCUUAUAAUAAUGAUAAGAAUGAAAGUGAUGAUGAAGAUUCAGAAUAUAUACCUUCAGAACAUAGUUCUUUAAAUAACGAAUCUCCUCAAAAGCAAGUGUCAAUUGUUAACAGAACUAUUUCAUCCACUUCCAGUUUUGAUACAUCAAAUACAAAUGUUGUUGGUACAUCAGCAUGUAACGAUGAAGUUAUGUAUGUUCAAAAGUCUAAUAUAAAAUCGAAACAAAAUUAUUGCGCUUUUUGUAUGAAGUUGCAAUCACAGCUUGCACGACAUUUGGAAACAGUACAUGCUAAUGAGCCUAAUGUAAAAAAAUUUGCCAUUCUGCCUAAAAGAAACCCAGAAAGGAAAAAAAUAAUAGAUACUAUUCGAAAAAUGGGUAAUUUUAAAUUUAACACCAACCCAAAAUUUAAUACUGGUCAAUUAAUUGUAUGCAGACGUCCAAAUGAGAAAACUAAUAAGACUGCUAAAGAUUUUGUUACCUGUGUAAAAUGUAAAGGAUUUUUCGCAAAAAACACAAUACGUCAUCAUGCUCGAGUUUGUCUUAAAAAAGAUUUUCGAAAAAAUAAAAAUAUUAUGAUUAUGGGAAGAAAAAUCACUGGUAGAAUACAUUCAAUAGCAAGUGAGUGUUUAAGAAAAACAGUGUUUCCUGUUAUGCGAGAUGAUGAAGUAACACGUAUUGUGAGAUAUGACAAAUUAUUGAUCAUAUAUGCAAAUAAGUUGUGUGUUAAAUACAAAUCCCAACAUCAGCAUGAUAUGAUUCGUGCACGAUUACGUCUACUAGGUCGUUUUCUUAUAGCAUUAAAAGAUAUAAAUACGAAUGUAAAAGAUUUUCAGUCGCUGUAUCAUCCACAAAUAUAUGACGAUUGUAUUUCAGCAAUUAAUGUAGUUGCAGGAUAUGACAAUGAAGAACAACUUUAUAAAACUCCUGCAGUAGCGGCUAACUUGUCAACACUUAUUAAGCAUAUAGGAAAUCUUUUCAUUAUGGAAUGCAUCAAGACUCAAGAUGAAGAGAAGAAAAAAUUAGUUAAAGACUUUUUAAAACUGUUAGUUGUGGAUAUAGGUACGAGUGUCAACAAAACAGUUCUCGAAACGCAGUCUGCACAUAAAAGGCACAAGAAAAUAAAUCUCCCGUCAUUGGAAGAUAUUAAAAAAUUACACACACAUUUGGCGAAAAUAAGAACUGAAGCAUAUACAGCAUUAAAUGAGUCCUUUUCAUAUGAGAAGUGGAUUUCUUUAGCAGAAGUAACAUUAACUUCAACACAUGUCUUUAAUAGACGACGAGCAGGAGAAAUUGAGCGAGCAUUAAUAGAAGAUUUUGAAAAUUAUGAAAAAGUAAAUAAAAAUAUGUACAGUGAUAUUUAUAAAUCAUUGUCAAUGGAAGAUAGAAAAAUUGCAGAGAAAUAUGUCCGAUUUUGCAUCAGAGGAAAACUAGGACGCACAGUGCCUGUUUUAUUACCGAAUGAGCUCUUUGAUUGUAUCACUUUAAUCUUAAAAUAUCGUGAAGAGGCUAAUGUAUUAAAGAAAAACCCUUAUAUUUUUGGACUACCUGCUGUCGACAAAAAUAGACACCGAUACCUGAGGGCCUGUGUUUUAAUGCGUAAAUUUGCCCAACAAUGUAACGCAAGUCAAUCAACUACUUUGCGCGGUACAACAUUAAGAAAACAUAUAGCAACACACUGCAUUCAAUUUAAUCUGAAUGAUACUGAUGUUUCGGAUCUUGCCACAUUUAUGGGUCAUGCUGAUAAAAUACAUAGAGAUCAUUAUAGGCAACCAAUAGCAAGCAGAGAUAUACUGAAAAUCUCCCGCUAUUUAGAAGCAGUAUCGGAAGGAAAUGCACAAAAUACGAAUAAUGAAUCGAUAUCGGACAGUGAUUCUGAAAUAGAAGAUAACAUAAUUGACGUUAACAACAAUAAUACUGGCGAAAUAAAUAUUUCAUUAUGUGAGACAUCAAAUCAUUCCAGAAAUUCUGACAAGCAAACGGAUGAACAAGGUGGAAAACGGAAACGUAGUACAUCUCCUUAUGGAAAAACAAAAAGAGUACGAUGGACAGAAAAUGAGAAAGAAGCAGUGCUUUCUGCGUUUGCACAACAUAUGGAAAAUCAUACAUUGCCGUCUCUAAAAGAGAUUCAAGAAGUAAAAAAAAAAUAUAUUUCUCUGGCUCGGCGUACAUCGCCGCAAAUCAAAACGUGGCUGCAUAAUAAACAAAAAACCUUGCAACAACAAUAGUUUUCAGUUUCACUGCCUCAUUUUAGGAGAACUUUGUAAAGGCGUUCAACUCAAGAUUAACGUUGAAUACACCUAGAUUAUCGGAUAUAUUGAAUAUAUUCAAUAGAAUCAGAGAACCUGAAUAUUGCUAUACCCAGCGAUGAGAAGUGGAUAGAAUGCUUAACGGAACAGAUUCAAUACAAGAUGGAAUUUAUAAAGUGAUAUGUUCCAGAAGA